GCCCCGCCAUUUGCCGCCCCCGAUUCAACUGUCCCCGAUGCCUGUGACCCUCUGACCGCCCCACGGAUACUCUCUGCACAUUUUCCAGGGGAUGGUGAUUUGCUUCAAAUGAUUUGCUGAGGGGCUGGAAGGAAAUGCACGGGAGCAGUUCCGAGUUGCUGCUGGACCGGCCCCGCAAGGCCCCGGAGCCGCCGCCGCCCCCGGCGCCGGUGCGCACCUGCAUGGAGCGGCUCAAGUUCUAUGUGACCUCGGCGAUGGCCAUGACCGUCAGCGGCGGCUUCGCGGCCCUCCUCUUCCUGGUGCCGCUCUACGUCGACCCGGCCGUCUCCACCCUCAUGUCCGACUUUGACCCUGAGCCGGUCACCUGCGAGACCUCGCAGGUCGAGUACCUCGCCGGCAUCGGCAACUGCACGUGGAGCUCGUGCCGCGAGGGCUGCACCUCCGACCUCUACAAGUGCACCCACGUGUCUGUCGUCUACACGCCCAACCAAAAUUUCUCCGACGAACGACGGGUGGAGGCCACCCUGCUGGUGAACAUCAAAGGCUGUGGAUAUCCGCCUGAAGUGCAGUGCUCGCGCUUCUGGGAACUCUACGCCAGGGAAGGUGCCAAGUUCGACUGUCACUACUCGCGAAAGAACGCCUCUCUUGUUAUGCCAAGUUACGAUCGCGAGGAACACAUCGACACAAUCCUCCACUACUUUCUUGUGCCAUUUGCAGUGACCUCCAUAGCCUCGGUGUGUCUGUGUGUCCUCCACUGCGACUGCCGGUGCUCAAGAAAGAGCACCGCGCCGUUGAAGAGACCUCACAAUAAGCUUCCCACAAAUCCAAGCGAUAUCACCAUAUCGCGAGUGGAAACAAUCACUCCGCGAGGCGACGACGACGAAGAGUUGACAAUAUCAAGUUCCAUCAGGCCGCUCUGACAACGGGACGACACCAUGGACAGUCACCUGGCGCGCUCGACGUGCAGCAGCGAACUGUGAGUGCCAUGGUGUUGGGCAAAAUUAGUCGUGAAUUUUGGACUUUUACAUUCCGGUGCUAUCACGAGAAAAACGAAGCGGCUCCCUUACGCAGCCGGAGCCGAAAUUUGCCUUAAAAUCGAUGACGAAAUAAAUAACAAUGCGAGAUUUUACUCUGGUCAAUUUUUGACAACUGGUCGUAAAAAUAACUAUAAAAGGCAAACAUAAAUGAAACCUUCGUUUUUAAUUUCAAUUUAAUACUUCAACAAUGAACAAGGAUUAUAUUUCGCUAAAAUUUACCCCUCCUUUUAUUUAUUGAUUAGGGCAUUGAAAUAGUAUUCAAAACGUGAAAAUGCAAUGUUAAAUAUAA